UGCAGAGCGGUGGUGGAGGCCGUUCAUCGCUUGGAUCUCAUCCUUGGGAACAAGGCAGCGUACCAGGAAGUGUUCAAGCCGGAGAACAUCAGCUUGAGGAACAAGCUGCGGGAGCUGUGCGUGAAGCUGAUGUUCCUGCAUCCGGUGGAUUAUGGAAGAAAAGCAGAAGAACUGCUCUGGAGAAAAGUUUACUAUGAAGUUAUCCAACUCAUUAAAACAAAUAAAAAGCACAUUCACAGCCGUAGCACUCUGGAGUGUGCGUAUCGGACUCACUUAGUUGCUGGCAUAGGAUUUUACCAGCACCUUCUCCUUUACAUCCAGUCCCACUAUCAGCUGGAGCUGCAGUGCUGUAUUGACUGGACGCACGUAACGGACCCUCUAAUAGGCUGCAAGAAACCCGUGUCUGCAUCGGAGAAGGAGAUGGAGUGGGCACAGAUGGCGUGUCACAGAUGUCUGGUUUAUCUGGGAGAUCUGGCUCGCUAUCAGAACGAACUGGCAGGUGUGGACACGGAGCUGCUGGCUGAGCGGUUUUACUAUCAAGCCCUUUCUGUAGCACCACAAAUUGGGAUGCCCUUUAACCAGCUGGGGACGUUGGCAGGGAGCAAAUACUACAACGUGGAAGCUACCUAUUGCUACUUACGCUGUAUCCAGUCUGAAGUGUCCUUUGAAGGUGCCUAUGGGAACCUGAAGCGGCUGUAUGACAAAGCAGCCAAGAUGUACCACCAGUUGAAGAAAUGUGAAACCAGGAAGUUGUCUCCAAGCAAGAAACGAGGCAAGGACAUCAAGAGGCUGCUGGUGAGCUUUAUGUACCUGCAGAGCCUUUUGCAGCCCAAGAGCAGCUCUCUGGAUUCUGAGCUGACGUCUCUCUGCCAAUCUGUGCUGGAGGAUUUCAACCUGUGCUUGUUCUACCUGCCCUCUCCUCCUAAUCUGAGUUCAACUAGCGAAGAUGAAGAAGAGUAUGAGAGCGGCUACUCCUUCCUUCCUGAUCUCCUGGUCUUUCGCAUGGUGAUCAUCUGCCUUAUGAGCGUUCACAGCCUCAAGAGGGCAGGUUCGAAGCAGUACAGUGCAGCCAUUGCUUUCACACUGGCCCUCUUCUCCCACCUGAUAAAUCACGUCAAUAUUCGCCUGCAGGCAGAGCUAGAAGAAGGGGAAAAUCCAGUCCCAGCUUUUCAGAGUGAUGGCACAG